AUGUCGCAAACACCGUCCUUCCUGCCAUUGCUGCUCCUGCUGGUGACGGCUGCCCCUACCCAUGGCUGGUCACGGCCCGUGUGGUACCAGGUGGGGCUGGACUUGCAGCCCUGGGGGUGUCAGCCAAACAACCUGGAUGGUUGCAGGGUCAGCCUGGGCUGUCCUCGACACUGGAUGGGCCUAGGGGGAAAGCACAUCUACCCUGUGGCUGGGGUCACACUCACCACCACCAUGAUGCUGCUCAUCAGCCGGGCAGUGCUACAGCGGCGGCGUGGGCAUAUGCAAGCCACCCAGGGUGAGCAGGCGCAGGUGACCACUGACCACUCUGCAUCCUGGAAACGGCGGGUCCCCAUCUCAGACCGUGCCCUAAUCAUGGGGGCCCUCCACAUGCUGGAUUCCCUCCUGGUCCAUAUUGAGAGCCACCUUCAGCGCCUAGCCACCCAGAAGCAAACCCCAAUAAAGGGGACUACUCCUGCCCAGAGCGGGUAA